CGAAAGAACCAAGCUCCCGUCCUCUCCUCCUUCUCCUUCUCCUUCUCCCACCAAACUAUCCGACAAAGAGAGAAAAGGAACCCUAAAUAAUAUCUUUCUCAAAUCUCAAAAAAGGUCUGAUCUUUCUCUCUUCUCUCUCGCCCUCUCUUACUUACUUGCAGCAGAGAAGAACAGAGAAGGGGCUUUCCCUUUCUAAAAAUCCUCUCUUUCUUACUCGUCUCUUUCCCCCCGUUUCAUGUCUUCUCAAGUAGCCGACUCUCAUCAAGGGUUGUUGCUGCCUCAAACCCUACUUUCUCAAACUUCUUCUCCGUUGGAUCUCUCUCUCAAUCAGAUUAUUACGUGUAUGUGCCGAAUAUGAGUGACAAGAAGGUCUUUGUGUUUGGAUCCUUUACAGAACAUGAAACAAGGUCAUUACUUGAGCAGCAAAAACCCAUCAAGGCUCCUCAGAAUCAUAAAGAAAAGUCUGUAGGGAGUAUACAAUUCGGCUCCUUUAAUCUCGUUACCGGAAGCUCUCCAGUGAACACUAAUGGCGAGUUGAAGAAGGCUCAGGCUGCUGAUGGAGUAGUUAAAUCUCGACCUUCCAGCUCUCAUAAGGAAGAUUCUGCUGUGUCUCAAAAGAGAGUCGAUGCUCCUAGACCUUCCAGCUCUCACAAGGAAGAUAGAAGUAUUCAAUCUGCUGUGUCUCAAAAGAGACUCGAUGCUUCUAGACCUUCCAGCUCUGAUAAAGUUGCAAAACUCCCUGUGAAGCACUCUUCAGGCGUUCCGGAGCAUGUGGUAGAAAACGGAACAAUCAAGGAGGUGUCUGAAAGAAAACCUCUCAACAAUGGUGUGGCGGUGAAGGCUAGUUUGGAGAAGUUGUGUGUAUCAGAUGGUGAAAGUGAUGCUUUGUAUAAAGCUACAAGCUCAAAGUUCCAAGCCCUGGACAGCGAAAUUUUCUCAAGUGAUUCUUCACCUGCCAGCAUACCAAGAAAGAACAACCAGAUGGUUCAUACUGAACCUGCACCGCCUCUUAAAGACUUUACACCAAGAGGAUUAAUAAACGCUGGAAACUUGUGCUUCCUCAAUGCAACAUUACAGGCUUUACUCUCCUGUUCUCCGUUUGUGCAGCUCCUCCAGGGAAUACAACUCCAAGACAUUCCAAAGGCUGAGUCUCCAACCUUAGCUGCAUUCUCCGAGUUCAUAUCUGAACUAGAUGCCCCAAGCAGUUCAAGCUUCAGAAACAAUGUUACCGUUGUUGAGUCGGGUAGACCUUUCACACCUGCCAUGUUUGAAACGGUCCUUAGAAACUUUACUCCAGAUGUACUCAACAACAUGUCUGGCCGCCCAAGGCAGGAAGACGCUCAGGAGUUUUUGAGUUUCAUAAUGGACCAAAUGCACGAUGAGUUACUGAAACUCAGGGACGAGUCCCCUAGACUCACUGGUUCCAAGUCAUCUGUUCUUUCUUCUGCCAGCGAUGAUGAUGAAUGGGAAACGGUUGGACCCAAAAACAAAUCUGCUGUGACAAGAACACAAAGCUUUGUUCCUUCUCAGCUCAGUGAUAUCUUCGGUGGGGAGCUCAGAAGCGUAGUGAAGGCACAAGGGAACAAAGAUUCUGCUACUGUGCAGCCAUAUCUCUUACUCCACCUCGAUAUUCACCCGGAAGCCGUGUGUACAAUUGAAGAUGCAUUGCAUUUGUUUUCUGCCCCUGAAGAUCUUGAAGGUUAUCGAGCUUCUGUUACUGGCAAGGCUGGUGUAGUGAGUGCUAGAAAGUCGAUAAAGAUACAGAAGCUCUCGAAGAUAAUGAUACUGCACCUUAUGCGUUUUAGCUACGGGAACCAAGGGAGUACUAAGCUCCAUAAACCUGUUCACUUCCCCCUCGAGCUCAACCUAGGCCGCUACCUUCUUGCUUCUCCUUCCAACGGGGGUUUAAAAUAUGAGCUUGUGGCAACGAUUACUCACCACGGAAGGGAUCCAUCAAAGGGGCACUACACCGCGGAUGCUCGAAGAAAGAACAAUCAGUGGCUUAGGUUCGAUGAUGCAUCUGUGACUGCUAUAGGGCCAAAACAGGUUUUGCACGACCAAGCCUAUGUUCUGUUCUACAAACAAGUGUAAGAGAAUCAAAAUCAAUCUCUAUUUCCAUUGUCAGGGAAAGGAAUUCUCAUAUAAAAACUAUGAAGCAGAGAAUCUCAAUAGGUAAAUAGCUUUUAGAGUACCUGGAUUACAUGAAAGUUUUGUUUUGAUUCCUCUGAGAUGGAAAUGUUUUAAUGUUAUUCAAUACGUUUAUUAUUAUUAUUAUUUCAGACUUAUUAAGAUUCAGCUG